UAAAGUGCGUAGCACAAGUUCUAUAUCAGGAACUGCAAAUUAUUUGCAAAAGCCAUACAGUCAGCACGAGACCGGGAGAAACGCGGUUCACGCGACUUGGGCUUGAAGGCACGAUGACGCAGCAGCGAAGCAUCCCGCCAUCCCUCCACUAUAGACUCUCAAGCUGCUCAUAGAUUCAUCAAAUAACUUGAAUUGGACCAUCGAAGCCAAAGGCCCCGGUAUUAGGCAAUUGUUUCACAGCACUACCUUUCCAACGCGCUCAAGAUGGCUUUCAACGGUGUGCGUCUCUUCCGUUACGCACUUCUGGGCGAAAUCGGUAGCAACGUUAUGGGCGCACUUCCCUGCCUUCUCGCACCGGAGACAGUCCUCUCCUAUCUGGUCAGGGGGCCGAAUGAUAUCACGCCAGUAGCGAAGAGCCUGACGCAAUGGUAUGCUUGUUGCCACCCUCGGUUUCAGCGUCCCACUAACCGCAAAGUUAGGUUCGGCGGCAUGAUUCUGACCGCCUUCACCAUACCCAUUAUCCUCAGCUACCCCAAUCCGCGUCCCAGCCAGGGAGGUGACCCUCAAAUUGUAGCGUGGCGCCGUCUUGCGUACAUGACGCUUGGCGCCGGCGAGGUCGGCCUUGGCACCAUAGCCAUGAUACAGUUUCUUCAAGGCGACAGCGGCUUCACUGACAGCGCGUUGUUGGGGGUCAUGGCAUUCAUGGGUGUUUUCUCUGCCAUGCGCGGUUUCUUUCUCUAUGCGAGACCCUCGUGGAUGGAGGCCCAGGAGAAUGCGAAGAAGGCGCAGUAAGCUCUGCGCUCUUCGCGCGUGGAUGCCUGGCGAUGGACGAUGUACGAGUAAGCGAGUAAAUGUGCGGCGAAUGUGGAGUUGGCGAAGGCGGCAUUAGCGGAGACGGCGUAAAAG